UACAACACAAUCCAACCAUUUUCUGUAUCACGAAAUGUCCAAAUCUGAGCUGCAAGAACGUUUUGCUCCUGCCACUAAAGGUGGGGCAGGAUCAACUCUGGAGCCCGACCUGGUAUCCGAAUUGCAAUCCAUCAUGCGCCUACACUCGAUCGACGUGGAGGAACUUUGGUACAAGUGGGAGUCUUACAGCAUGAAAAUGGGAUCAGAAGACAUGAAGUUGAAUGUAGAGACUGCGAAUGCCCUCAAGAAAGAUGUGCAGGAUGGAUUGGAGCGAGAGAACAGGUCGAAAGCGCAUCUGCAGACGAAUAAAAGGGGAGGGGCAGCACCACGAAAUGCUGCGGGUAAUGGAGACAUCUUUGCCAUGUUAGUAGUAUACUUGAGGCUGCUGUUCUCUACUAAUCAUUGCUUAGUCUCGGUGGAGCAAUUCCAAUGACCCCAAAAGUAGGCUCUGCGAGUCGACCGAGUACCAUCAAACGAAAAUUAGAAACUCCUUCCAUGUCGAGAAUUCGAGCAGAACCUGCAAGUAGUCCUCCCGAUUUUAAAACAUCAAACAAAGUAUCAGAGCCGGUUGGGACUCCGUAAGCUAUCUCAGUCCAUCUAGGGAAUCCUGACUGAUCCCAAAUAGAGUCGCUUUCCACGACCGACCCAAUGCUGGCCAAGCAAUUCAAGUUCUCAACGACCAUCUUAAAGUCCCGGAACCACCAAUUGCACCAUAUCCGCAACCCAGGGUAAGGUCAGUUGCCAAUUCGGAUUAUAAAGCUCUUGGAUAUAAAACCAUGGCGAUGAAGUCGUCCGAAGCCUCGGAAAUCCUCGACGAUCGAAUAGAAGAAUUUACAACACUUGUUCAAGCACAUCACAGCUUAGAGGAUUCAGAAUUUGGAAGUGCUGCUAGUAAAAGCACAAAUGAGAUUGUGGCAGUGGGAAGGAUAGCCUGUGAUUCUUUGGAAGGCAAAUUCAACGCUUCCUCUAUUGUGCUAGAAACCUCAAGAAGAAUGGGAGCGGGUUUGAGAAUUCCUCUAAAUGUCAAUAAUAAGGACCUAGUAGGAUUCCAGUUUUUCCCAGGCCAAAUUGUUGCUCUGAAGGGUAUCAAUACCUCAGGCGAGGAAUUUGUGGUCAGUGAAAUUUUGGAGAUGCCAUUACUGCAUGGUGCUGCAUCAGCGCCAUCUAGAUUUGAAGAAUAUGCGCAAAGAUUGCGUGGAGGACCCGAUGCUAUGGAUUCAGACUCGGAUCCUGCGCCCCUAAGCAUUCUCGUUGGUUCUGGUCCGUAUACAGCAGACGACAAUCUCGAUUUCGAGCCUUUACAUGCGAUUUGUAGCCAAGCAGCAGAUACCUACGCCGACGCACUUGUCCUCAGCGGGCCAUUUCUUGAUAUCGAUCAUCCAUUAGUCGCAACAGGGGACUUCGACCUACCGGAGGAAGCUCUCAAAGAGCCCGACAAGAUUUCUAUGACUACGGUCUUCAAAUAUCUCGUCUCGCCAGCAUUCAUCAGUCUUUCUGCCGCAAACCCAAAUAUCGUUAUUAUUCUCAUUCCCUCAAUCAAGGACGUAAUAAGCAGCCACGUCUCAUGGCCCCAGGAAAAAUUCCCAAAACCGGGUCUGGGCCUUCCGAAGACAGUCUCUAUUGUUGGAAAUCCAAUGACACUCUCAUUGAACGAGAUCUCCAUCGGUAUUUCCUCCCAAGAUAUCUUGACUGAGCUUCGGCUGUCCGAGGUCGUAGGAGGGAAACUAAAGGAUGCUGAGAUUCUUGCACGGUUACCGAAGUACCUGAUUGAACAGCGGAACUUUUUUCCCCUGUUUCCUCCUGUGGAUAGGAGUAGUCUAAUGAAGACCGGUACGGAAGAUGGAAGGCCAGUGGGUGCUGUGUUGGAUACUAGCUUUUUGAAGCUGGGCGAGAUGGUCAAUAUCAGACCUGAUGUUUUGAUUGUGCCUAGCGCACUCACUCCUUUUGCCAAGGUAAGUUGGGGCUAUUCCAAUGGCUGACCUGGACAUAUGCUAAUUCUGGAUAUAGGUCGUUGAAAGUGUUGUUGUGAUCAACCCUGGGUAUCUCUCAAAGAGGAGGGCAGCAGGAACCUACGCAAAGCUCACAGUUUAUCCUGCGAAACUGACAGAAGAAGAAACGAACUCGACGGUGAUGGUCGGGCAUAGAGUAUUCGAACGAGCCCGAGUUGAUAUCAUGAAGAUAUAAACCGGGUGGCGUCGAUAUUGCAUUUCGAUAUUGCAUUUCUGAGGAGUGUGGCGUUUUUUACGAGCAAAAGGGUGGCAUAAUGAUGUAUUCACAGUUAUGAUGGUGUUGAUACAAUUGUAUUUGAGAUUCUAC